ACUCUGGCCCGGCUCUCGGUGGUGCGGGGAAGCAGCGGCCGCUCUGGUCGGCGGACGUGCUGCUCGGCAGUCCCGGAAGCGAAGCAGCGAUGGCGGAGAGUCCGACUGAGGAGGCGGCGACGGCGACGGCGGGUGCCGGGGCUGCAGGCCCCGGGUCGAGCGGUGUAGCCGGUGUGGUCGGCGUCAGCGGCGGCGGCGGCGGCGGCGGCGGCGGCGGCUUCGGGCCGCCUUUCCUGCCGGAUGUGUGGGCGGCGGCGGCAGCGGCGGGCGGGGCCGGGGGACCGGGGAGCGGCCUGGCUCCGCUACCGGGGCUCCCGCCCUCCGCCGCUGCCCACGGGGCCGCGCUGCUUAGCCACUGGGACCCCACGCUCAGCUCUGACUGGGACGGCGAGCGAACCGCUCCGCAGUGUCUCCUCCGGAUCAAGCGGGAUAUCAUGUCCAUUUAUAAGGAGCCUCCUCCAGGAAUGUUCGUUGUACCAGAUACUGUUGACAUGACUAAGAUUCAUGCUUUGAUCACAGGCCCAUUUGACACUCCUUAUGAAGGGGGUUUCUUCCUGUUCGUGUUUCGGUGUCCGCCCGACUAUCCCAUCCACCCACCUCGGGUCAAACUGAUGACAACGGGCAAUAACACAGUGAGGUUUAACCCCAACUUCUACCGCAAUGGGAAAGUCUGCUUGAGUAUUCUAGGUACGUGGACUGGCCCUGCCUGGAGCCCAGCACAGAGCAUCUCUUCUGUGCUCAUUUCCAUACAGUCCCUGAUGACAGAGAAUCCCUACCACAAUGAACCUGGUUUUGAACAGGAAAGACAUCCAGGAGACAGCAAAAACUAUAAUGAAUGUAUCCGACAUGAGACCAUCAGAGUUGCAGUCUGUGACAUGAUGGAAGGAAAGUGUCCCUGUCCUGAACCCCUAAGAGGGGUGAUGGAGAAGUCCUUCCUGGAGUAUUAUGACUUCUAUGAGGUGGCCUGCAAAGAUCGCUUACAUCUUCAAGGCCAGACUAUGCAGGACCCUUUUGGAGAGAAGCGAGGCCAUUUUGACUACCAGUCCCUGUUGAUGCGCCUGGGAUUAAUUCGGCAGAAAGUGCUGGAGAGGCUCCAUAAUGAGAAUGCUGAAAUGGACUCUGAUAGCAGCUCAUCUGGGACAGAGACUGACCUGCACGGGAGCCUGCGGGUUUAGACCCUGCUCCUUCGCCCCUCCCCCCACACAAGAGUCCCUUCCCCCACCCCAAGGAUGGAGAGGCGCUGUGUAUCUCCCUCCAGAUGUGACAGCAUCCUGCAAGAUGGCCAGAAGCAAGCAAGCUUGUUUCCUGGGGUGUGGGAGUGGGGCUGUUCCCAGUCUGACCUUGGCGCUGAAGUAUCCCGGAUGAAGGGGCCAAGGUUCCUUUGCAGGAGCACCUGGUGCAAGAUGCCUCUGGCAAAGCUAAACAACCAACACACCUCUGCAGGGCCAGCCCUUAGGGAUAGAAGAAGACACCAUGUUCCAAGAGGGGCGUGCUGAGGUGGUUUAGGGGUACCUGGGAGCUUGGGGUGGGUGGGGCUGUCUGUGACACAAGCAGUCUGGGUAGUUACGUUUGUCUUCAGUCUUGAAGCAGGGCUUCCUCAAUGCCCUUUUCCUCCCUGCCUCCUCCAUUAUUUCCCACAGGCCAGCAUAACUUUCUUUUUCCUAAUUUAUAGUCACUGUUCUAGACAGACCAAAGAGAAGGAACAGUGGUGGAGUCUAGGCUGCUGAUCAGUAAGCUUUACCUAGCACCUGAGCACCUUUCUUCCCUACCCUCCCCCCAUUUCCUCCCUCAGUGUUUUAGGUUUUGGACAGAGGUAAACCAGAGUGGGACUGAACCCAGGUCUUGGUGAGUCCUGCACAGGCACCAGAAGAAGCUGCAAACUGUAUUCCCACAAUCAGUGAUUUGAAAAGUUCCCAGCACAGGCAGCUGCAGUGUGUAUGGGAUUCAAGCCACUACAUAAAAUAGAUUUACAGAUUUUCCUGAGCACUAGUCAAUGGGGGUAUUUCUUAUAGGGGUGGGGAAAUUGAUGCUAGUCCUUAUUUUGUUUGCCAGUCCUCAUGUAUUUUCAUCUCCCCCCCCCACUCGCCUCCUAAGCCCCCCCCCCAGGGGGAGGGAUUUGUAGAGCAGCCAAUGGCAGAAGGGGAUUAGGGCAGAGACUAGAGACUUCUCCCUCUUCCUGCCUGUUGGGGUUGCUUUCUGUCACCAGCUGACAGGUGUUUGCUUUGCUUCUGUCCUUUUGCUGGUUGGAUCAGGGAAAUGUGCUUUCAGUGCCCCCAUGGUACUGGGUGUCAAGGGAAUCAGUUGCUGUUCUCCCCAUUCCAGAAUUAGCUGUUCUGGCUGCCAGUGGGUAUGUGGUGAACUACCUUGCAGGCCCCCAGCCCUGCGGAAGGGAGAGUACCUAUCCUGUCCGCUGCUACAAAGUUCUCUGACUUGUGGAUCAUGGGAAUCCCCUGGAGGGACUGGGGGAGGGGAUUAGGGCACAAAGAGGAACCUCCUACUUUGGGAGGGCUUGAAGCUGUACACAGGGAAUUUUAUCUUGGAUACCUGAAGGCUGUCUCUUUUGCCAUCGAGACUCAAAGCAGGAACCCUGUUCCAUUUUUCCUCUUCCAUUUCCAGAGCAAGUCCAGGGCGGAGAAGAAUGCCCUUGGUCUGUGGGUCCAGUGUUUUUUGCCACUCAUUUAAGUGUUCCCACUUUCAAGUGACAAUCUUCUCCUUGGCCCUGCCCUGGGGCAGAGUAUGUCUGGCACAGAGCCUGACUUUUAUGCCCUAAUCUUAAAUUGAGGAAAUAUAUGCACAGGAGUCAAAGAGUUGUCUUUAUAUCUGACUGUACAUAAUGAAGUUUUUUUUUUUUUUUCCUUUUUGGUGCAAUAAAGUUUGUUUUGGCAGAAGGAAGCUCCUAUGGGUGUGGGAGGGUUUCCAUAAAGAAAGCUGCAAUCGGGCUGAAGAGAUGGUUCCAUGGUUAAGGCAUUUGCCUGCGAAGCCUAAGGAACCCUGUUCAACUCCAGACCCUACACUGGCCAGAUACACAAAGAUGAGGCAAGUGCAAGAUGGCACAUGCCCACUAGGUGGCACGAGUGUGUGGCAUUGGAUUGCAGUGGCUGAGGUUCUGCCAUGCCACUUCUCUCCUCCCUAAAAUACAAAAAAAAAGAAACACCUCAAGCCACACUGCACCUGGGUCUGGACCUGUCCACUGGCAAGGCUUGGCAGUUGUCUGGAAGUGAAGCAUUGGGCCUCAGCAGAGGACAGCGCUGUUGAUGGCUCGUUUUCCACUGUUUCAAAAUGGAGGCUGCAGCUCUGGUAGGAACAACUGACCCUCUAGCGAAGCUUUGAUGUAAACAUGUCUUGUGAGGGCAGGUGGAGGUAGAGGUAUGCCUAGGCUACAUCUGUGAGGGGUGUAAGUGGAGAACCCUGGAUUCCAGUUAUCUGCACUAUGAAGUCAGCAUUUACUAUUUUUGGUUUUUCAAGGUAGGAUCUCACUCCAGCCCAGGCUGACUACUAGGUAGUCUCAGGAUGUCCUUGAACUCACAGCAAUCCUCCUGUGCCACCACACUCUGAAGUCGGCAUUUAGACCAUGAACACUGCCCCAUCAUCCCCUCACUGCUUUAUUCCUCUUGGCUGACCACAUGUGUAGAAGGAAAUGUCUAUGCCUUAUGUCCUGCCAAUCUACUAUGCAAGGCAGUGAUGGGGAGGUGGACUCACGGCCUGUUGAGGACAGCUGUUUAGCGUGAUGUGCCAGACUACGUGGUAGUGUAUGCACUACAGGACAAGUAUUCAGUAUCGUUCCCUUUACCACUGAGCCUAGAGGCCUGGGGUUAGUCUAGGGGCAAGAGCUAGAGGCAUGUGAGGAACACAAUGGUGUUCACACAGGAUGUGGUGUGCUGGUGCACUACCAGGACACAGGAGGGUGAGGUAAGGAUGGCUAUGAGCUCAAGGCCAGCCUGAGUCUACCUAGUGAAACCUGGCUAGAACUGUAUCUUGAAAAAUUACCAUUCACUUUUGAUUCUCCAAUUUCAUUGCUUGUUUCCCUCCAUCUAACAUUAUCAGUUUCUUUACUGUAGUCUGUUCUAACACCUGCAGAUUACACUGGAAGAGACAAAUCAGGGUAACUUAGUACAGGCCCAUUAUAGUCUGGGUCUGCUGGUAUGCCAAGUCAUAUGGCAUUAGGGAAAAAUUCGAAUUAACAAAGUUGUAAUUUGCUUUAGCUACAGAAAGACUAGGCCCUUGGACUGGAAAGAUGGCUCAGUAGUUGUGCUUGUUUGCAAAGCCUACAAGCCUAGGUUUAAUUCCCCAGUAUCCAUGUACAGUCAGAUGCACAAAGCGAUACACGAGCCUACAGUGUGUAGCGGCAAGUGGCCCUGGCUCGUGUACACGUGCACUCUACCUACUGGCAAAUAUUUUAAAAUCAGUUCUGGGCCCAACAUCUCUGUGACCUUGUAGACAUUUGUGCAAGUCAUUUUAUGUGCUGUUACUCAGGCAAUUCUUCCUGGAUAAAUGAGGCUUCUUCCUUCUAAACAAGCAAUGUGAAGGCACUCCCAAAAAAAUAAAACACUGGGGGAAGGAAGCAAAACAUGGACUUCUUUUCUCUUUUUAUAAACAAAAGUUGUCCACGUUUAUUUGUCAACACGUUCCCCCCACACACACAGUCAGGGGAGGGCUUCUCUGGCCUCCUCGGCUGUGAUUUCCUGGGAGUAGAGGUCCGUGAAGAGAGCUGGUAGCCAGUAGUGGGCCUCCCCUGGGGCCUGCAGGUCUAGCCAGGCCAGCCCUUCUUUCAGCAGGUGUUCCUGGAGGAAAGAGUUAAGACUGAUUUCAGAAAGAAGUUUUAAGUAUGGCAACCCCCAAAUCUACUUUGGCUUCUGAGAGGUUUUCUGACAACCUACAUAUGCCUUCAAGUCUGUUUACAUAACCAAACAGGAUCUAUUGGCCUCGGCCUGAGGUACAAGCAUGCCUUUCUUCACCUUGUCCUGCUUAGGGAGGAGAGGUAAGGCCAGGGCUGGGGGACAGAAUGAGAAGAGGAAAAACACUCUGCUACAAUAGCAGUUGCAGUAUGGCCUUGAGUAAAUAACUGCCCCUCUCUCUGGAACAAAGCUGAGACCACUGUGGCUGGCUGAAAAUUUGCUGGAAACAAGUGAGAAAGACCAUAUUUAUACUAGAAUGGCCUCCGUCAAGAUGAGCUGUGUCUGUCCACUACUGUCAGUCAGACAUUAUGUUCCUCUUCACACCACCAGCCCUUCACCAGUACAAGUCUGUAUACAACUAUACACCAUAUGAUAUGUACUGUGAGUAUAUAGUGACAGGUGUUACUAACUGCCCUCACUCUGCUGUUACUUCCAAUACAACUAUAUUAAGCCUGGACCAGCAGCCCAGGACAGGGUCUGUGUGUCCAGGAGGGUAAGCUGGUAUAGGUGGCUCCCCAGAAACAGGCAGCUGGCAUUCCAUGCAUGCCAGGCUCAGAGGUCUGCCUCAAGUUAAGUUCUGCUUCUCAGUGCCAACCACAAAGAAAUGCUGGGCUUGUUCGUAGUGUAAAAGUAGCAAUCCUUUUUUUUUUUUUUUAAGUUAUUUAUUACAGAGAAAGAGGCAGAUGAUAGAGAGAGAGAAUGGGCACAUCAGGGCCUUCAGCCACUGUAAAUGAACUCGAGACACAUACGCCACCUUGUGCAUCUGGCUUACAUGGGUCUUGGGGAACUGAACCUAGGUCCUUUGGCUUCGUACACAAAUGCCUUAACCACUAAGCCAUUUCUCCAGACCAUGAAGCAACAAUCUUGGUUAAAGCAAGUGUCUGUGUGAAAUCCACCUCUGCCCAACCAUGAGCCCACCUUUUCUGGACUUUUCAAUCACAUACCAGCACUUGCCGCGCUCGCUCGGUCUCCCAUUUGAGACUGGCUUGGAUUUCACUGACAGUCACGUACCCAUUUUUCUGGAGGGAGGAGGAAUGGGGACUAAGUCAGUUAAGUGUACAUGCAUUCCAUAGAGCCCAGCACCUGCUGAGAAGCAUCACAUUUAUCCGGACAGGAAGAGCUUCUCCUGGCUGGCCAGGUGUGAGAGCACAGGAAAGAAUGUGUAAGGUUCCAGAAGAGAGAAAUGACUUUCAAGGUGAUGGAAGACAGUUUGGUGGGCUCAAUUUUAAGAUACCAAGUUAGAUUUCCACAGGGAACGCUAUGCCAAGAGAAGAUUCAGCAUGGUCACUUGGCGGGAAGAAUGGGGAUAGUGAUAAACAUCAGAAUAUUUAAACAGGCAGCCAUUGCCCAACCCAUCCUCUUAACACCCCUCAGCAGUUUUGCUUUACAUCACAGAACUGAGACCAAUUUCCCUAAGACAUUGGGAUGGGAGUCCUGGAGAAGGUGUAAGCAUCAGGUAUGCUGAGGGAGGGGGGAUGGCAAAUGGUUUGACAGAGACUGUCCACUCCACGAAAUAGUUGUCUGCGUACCUGUCUACCUGACAAGAAUGUAAGCUCCUAGAGGGCAGGGACUGUAUCACCCACCUCUGUGUCCCACAGCCUCGCCCUGGGCUUUGUGCUGUAGCUGCUCAAUAAAAGUCUGCUGAAUGAGCUCA